UCAAAGCUCAACUACCAAAGCAGGACACCAAACCCCUUCUCCUCAAACUACCACCAAAACCCACACGCACAAACACAUUUCACUGCGUGUCUGCUUAUUCACAUAUAUACACCAUAAUUACUCUGCUCAUCCCAAUCAUCAACCGCAUAAACCGUAAAUUGCACCUUAAUUCAGCAGCAAUGGCUUCCUUCUCUUCCAUUCAACCCGCCGCCGCUCAGCCGCCGUCCGCCACCGCCACCUCCACCCAUACAUCUCACCUCCUGUCGCACCACCACCAUCCCGACCAAUUGUCGCUCCCCUCGCCGCCGCCGCCGCCUUCCCACCGGCGCCUCCUCCGCCGCCCGCACUGCAUCCGCGCAAUCGACGCCGCGCAGCCGUACGACUACGAGGCGUACCUGUUCAACCGCUUCAGCCAGUCGAGCAAGCUGAAAAUCGCCGUGGUAGGGUUCGGCAACUUCGGGCAAUUCCUCGCCAAGGCCUUCAUCCGGCAAGGCCACACCGUCUUCGCCCACUCCCGCUCCAAUUACCACGCCGUCGCGCAGUCUCUCGGCGCCGCCUUCUUCACCGACCCGCACGACCUCUGCGAGCAGCACCCCGACGUCAUCCUCAUCUGCACCUCCGUCAUCUCCACCGAAUCCGUCCUCCGCUCCCUCCCGCUCCAGCGCCUCCGCCGCAACACGCUCUUCGUGGACGUCCUCUCCGUCAAGGAAUUCCCGAAAAACAUCUUCCUGCAGGUCCUCCCACACCACUUCGACGUCCUGUGCACGCACCCGAUGUUCGGCCCGGAGAGCGGGAAGGUGACGUGGCAGAAUCUGCCGUUCGUGUUCGACAAAGUGAGGAUCGGGAACGAGGAGUCGAGAGUGAACCGCGUGGAGACGUUUCUAGACAUUUUCAAAAAGGAAGGGUGCACGAUGGUGGAGAUGAGCUGCGCGGAGCACGAUCGCUACGCCGCGGGCUCGCAGUUCAUCACGCACACCAUGGGGAGGAUUCUCGAGAAAUUGCAGCUCGAGAGCACUCCGAUCAACACCAAAGGCUACGAGACGCUGUUGAAUUUGGUGGAGAACACCGCCAGCGACAGUUUCGAUUUAUACUAUGGCCUAUUCAUGUAUAACAAGAAUGCCAUGGAGCAGCUGGAGAGAUUGGAUUUGGCGUUUGAGGCCUUGAAGACGGAGCUCUUCGGCCACUUGCACGAGGCCUUGAGGAAGCAGUUGUUUGGGAAGUCGGAGGAGGGAGGUCACCGGAGGCCGAUGCUAGCCAAAUUGCCCAAGAAUGGGACUCCGUUGUUGCCACCUCAAUCGGAGGCCGUUGCCAACAAGAACAAUUAGGCUGCUUUGUGUUGUACUCCUAUUAGGUGUCAAGCACCAUUUCCUUGUUCUGUAUGUUAUCCUGCUGAUAGAACUACAGAGAGUGGAGAAUCUAGUUGUGUACAGAUGGAAGACUAACUAAUCGAUGAGAGACUCUAUCCUUGCAGUCUCCGUGCUUGUUCUUUUUUCUUCUUUUGAUCUGUAUUCUGUUUCACUUACACUCUAUGUCUUAGUUUUACAUAAGAUAUUGUAUCGGGUGAGCUUCAUGCUAGCUCCCAGUGCCUUUUAUCAUGUAGUUGUAGAUGAAUAAUUCUACGUUGUAAUGUAAUGUCUGAUUAUAUCAGUUCCUUUCCCCGUCA